GUCAAUAUAAAAUGGUAAUGCAUUGCCAUAUACAUCCUCGAUAUUCAUUUUAUAUAGAAAAGGGUGGGCAGUGCCCAAAGUUUACUGAUCUGAGAACGCAACAGCGCCCUCUUGUGGCAGAGUGUAUCUUCGAUAAUGACUGUCCUGGGGUGAGGAAGUGUUGUCCAACUCGCAAUUUCAAGAUGUGCCUAAAUCCCAUUAUAAAUGAUGCGGAAACCCCCGGAAAGUGCCCCGCUCCUAAGUUUAGGGAUGGAAUGUGUCUUAACAGGAAUGAUGAAUGCGAGAGAGAUAGCGAAUGCACCUCACGCAGCAAAUGUUGCUAUGAUGGGUGCUCCCACAAGUGUAUGCUUCCUGCGAAACAUAAUGCAGAUGGGCCUUGCCCCUACAUUCAUGAAACAUGUGAUAGGGAAUGCCCUCAUGGUUAUGCCUCAAACUCUGUCCAGUGUGAAGUAUGCCGGUGCAGUCGAUGGUGCUACUUUGUACCCUUUAACUGUCCGUUUGACUGUCCAUACGGAUAUGCAACUGACCGAGUUGGAUGUAAAAUGUGCCAUUGCAAAAGAGCAAUCAAACCAGCCAAUGAUAUUGGAAAGUUUCUGGACACCCCUGUGUGCUUGCCCAUCAACCCGAUGAAAUGUCUCCUCACCUGCAGCCUGGGAUACAUGACAGAUUCCUUGGGAUGCAGGAUAUGUCGUUGCAGGACGGAAGAUCAAGAGUGUACUCCAAUUGAGGCGUGUGGCCUCUACUGCCCUCUAGGGUAUGCAACAGACCAUCUCGGAUGCCAUGUGUGCAAGUGUCUACAGAGAGAUGGCACAGAUGAAAUGUUUCUACCUCAGUUGACCUUGUGUCCAGCAGUCCAAUGUCCAUAUGGGUGUUUGUUUGGUUCAGCCACUGACCUCUUGGGUUGUCCCACAUGUGAUUGCCAAAGAGGAAUUCCCUUAGAUUUCUCAAGUUCCUGCACCUCCUUGCACUGCCCAUACGGAUUUUCUACCGAUGAUACUGGGCAUAAAGUGUGUAAAUGUCGCCUGCCAGCUCUUUGCCCAUCAAUGAGGAACUGUUCUCUGGAAUGUACAAUUGGGAGACUCUCUGAUGCCCAUGGAUGUGAAAUUUGUGUGUGUAAACCAGAGAUUGAUGUCAGUGGAUGCCCAGUCUUGACUACGGCCAACUGCCCAGAACUGGACAUGUGUGCUUAUGGCCUGGCCUCAUCAUUACCAAGUGGAUGUGAGAUUUGCGUGUGCAAGACACCAGUGACAGACUGUCCUCCCCUGAGCAGAGAGGCAUGCCAGCUUAGAUGCCAGAGGGGAUUUGCAACCGAUGAGAAUGGCUGCGAAAUUUGCCUUUGUACGAAAUCAGAUGAUGAGUGCAGCACACUUGUAUCAAGUAAAACAUGUUCCAAGACUUGUUUGUUUGGUUUAGCAACAGAUGCGGAUGGUUGCCCUAUUUGUUCUUGCAAGAUCCCUGUUGUUCACACUCAAAGGGAUCCGUUUCAGAUCGAAUCUUCAAUGAGGACACCUUGCCCACCUGUUAACUCUGAAAACUGUGCACUUGUAUGUUCUGAAGGUUACGCUACUGACCAGGGAUGUGAAAUAUGUGCUUGCCAAAAUACAGAUGGAUGUCCGGCCCUCAAUGUCCAACAAUGUCCCUUACUAGAAUCUUGUCCUUAUGGGCUUUCUACGGAUCGCCGUGGGUGUCAGACAUGCAAUUGCAGACAGCCUAUCACCUGUCUUCCGACCUCUCUUCAAAGCUGUUCAAUUCCUUGCCCCCGCGGUCGGGCAACCGACGGUGAUGGUUGUGAAAUAUGCUCCUGCAGGAAUACAAGUACUUCUUGCCCCAUUGUAAACAGAAGAAAUUGUAAGAAGGCUUGUACGUAUGGAUAUGCAACCGAUGCCAUCACACUUUGUCAAGUCUGUAUGUGCAAACAGCCAACCGAGGUACCCAUAUCAAUCACAUCCUUCAGGAUAUGUGAACCUGUAAAUUGCACCAAUAACUGCCCGGCAGGAUUUCUCCAUGACGAUCAAGGGUGCCCAUCCUGCAACUGUAAAGAGGAAGGAGUGACAUGUCCAGACCUACCAAUGUCAAUCUGUCCUCAGCAGAUGCUCUGUCCAUACGGUCUCGACAUGGAUUCAAAGGGAUGCCCCAUCUGCUUCUGCAGAGUAGAAUCUGGAUGUUACCCUGUCAGCCCAUUGACCUGUGACCUUGACUGUCAGUAUGGCUAUGCUACUGAUGAACACCAGUGUGAAACAUGCAGAUGUAGAAUAUUUGAUGCUGCACUAUGUAACCUCAAUGUCUCAUCAACUUGCCAUAAGAAAUGUCCAUAUGGAUUGGCUACUGAUAGAAAUGGAUGUGAGAUUUGUGUCUGCAAAAAUGAAGUGCGAGAGAUAAGUAUUGUCACACUCAAGCCAGUGAUAACAUGUACUCCAAUUACCUGUGAUAUGAAUUGUGAGUUUGGAUUGGCCACUGAUACCCAAGGCUGUGAGGUCUGUUCCUGUAAACAACCAAUGACAGGAGAUGGCUGUACAGAUAUUACAAGAGCGGUAUGUCCAUUAAUGGAUGGAUGCAAGUUUGGUUUAGCUACAAAUGAGCAACGAUGUCCAAUAUGCAAGUGCAAGCAGAGUAUUGUAUGUAACCCUCUUCCAUCGUGUAGUCUGUCCUGUUUGAAUGGCUUAGCAACUGAUGCAAAAGGAUGUGACAUUUGCGUGUGUAAGAAUACAUCCUCAAUGUGCCCAGCUGUCACAUUUGAAGAUUGCCCUCUUUUGUUGGCUUGUCAUCGUGGUCUUUCUACAAAUGCCCGAGGCUGUGAAAUCUGCAAAUGUAAACGAGAUGUGCAUCCCUUUAUACCACCUGAAGACUCUGUAUUUGAGACCAGCUCAUCCCAGUACUCCACCUCGUAUCCAUCAGUCAGACUUGUUGCUGAAGUGACAAACUGUCCACCACUUAGAUGUGAUAUUAACUGCAGCCAGACUGGUUUCGUUUCUGAUGAUUUGGGAUGCCCAAUAUGUCAAUGUACACGAAAUGGAUUUUGUCAUCCUCUUCAAGAAAAUUGUGGUCUGAAUUGUCGGAAUGGACUUGCAACUGAUCAGAAUGGAUGUGAAGUAUGCAGUUCUAUUGAUAAUUGUACAGAAGACGUUACCUUUUCAACAUGUCCACUCAAUUGUCCAUUUGGUCUGGCUACUGACAGUGUGGGAUGUGACAUAUGCAAAUGCAAGGUUCCAGAUGUCUACAAACUCGUCAGUAAUCAUUCAACAAACUGUCUAUUUCAUAGCUUCCAUGGAGUCAAAUGUGUUGCCCAGAAACAAUAUUCCCUAGCAACGGCUAUGUUACCUCUCUUCAUCUCGGCUAAAUGUGUUGAUGAAGUUGUGCCUUAG